AUGAAUAGCACUGGAAACGGCGAAGAAAACGACACGGGUGCUCCCUUGCCCGAUUUUCGCACGUCCGGUAUCCAGUUACAUACAGUGGCUCCAGCCCUUGGCGUGAUCGGGAAGAACACCCCGGAUUAUUUAGAUUACGAUACCAAAGGACGAGGGAUAAUCGUAACUAUGUUCGCAAAUGCUGGUAUGAGCUAUGUAUUGGGGACGACUUUCGGUGGAGUAUACGGAGUUCGACAAGGCCUAGUCGCGACCCCGUCCAAUCGAUUCCGAGUGAAGCUGAAUUCCGUUCUAAAUCACUCGGGAAGGUACGGCAGUCGAGCUGGAAAUACUCUUGGCGUCUUCGCUGUUUUGUAUUCUUUAUACGAAGGCUUGGCUGAUCAUUAUGAUUUGGAGGAAACACUGGGUGUACGGGACAUUUCACCAGCAGCGGCAUCCUUUGUGAGCCCUGCCUUUGGUGCCGUAAUGGCGGGUGCAACCUACUACGGACCAUCCGGUCCCCGUGUGGCCGCAUUGGCGGGAGCACUCGGUUUUGGCAGUGUGGCCGUAACGUACGCUGCCUACACGGUAUUGGGCAUUCCGUACGGAAGUCGCGGCUAUUUGUUCCUCUAG